UCUUUGAAAGAUCACUGCGGCGAAUCGCCGGCGGAGGAUGCUGAAUCCGCGUACGUCGACCCGAAUCGGUUUGACAAACCGGAUAGACCGUGCCGCGCAUGUGAUCGCCGGCCGGCUGUUGUGGUUCUUCUUCCCUGCUGUCAUCUCUCUCUCUGUGUUUCCUGCGAUUUUGUUUCCUCCGUCGGGGAUCCUUGCCCCGCAUGCGGCAUAUUCCGCACCGGUAGCCUUCAAGUUUCGUUCGCAUAGAUAAAAAAAAAAACAGGACUAAAUAAUAAUAGGAGAAAAAAAGUAAUUGGAGCUAUUUUACUUUUCCUUAAUUA